AUGAACGAGAAACCAACGCCGGGAGACUACGCGGAGCAGCGUGAGGAGGUCUUGGAGAACCACCAUAUCGGGCUGGAGGCGGAGGACAGCGAGACGCUCCCCGGCGAUCAGCCUGUGGAGGCCGGCCUCGAAGCUCCGCCCACCCGCCUGUACAGACGGCGCUGGCUGAUCGUGCUCCUCUUCAGCUCCUACUCGCUGUGCAACUCCUACCAAUGGAUCCAGUACGGCAUCAUCGGCAACAUUUUCAUGGGUUUCUACAAGGUGGACGCCUUCACUAUAGACUGGAUGUCCAUGAUCUACAUGCUGACGUACAUCCCGUUCAUCUUCCCGGUGACCUGGCUGCUGGACAGAAAGGGGCUCCGGGUCGUGGCUCUCGUGGCCACCGCGCUCAACUGCGCGGGGACGUGGGUCAAAGUGGCCAGCGUCCGGCCCGACCUGUUCCCGGUCACCUUCCUGGGCCAGUUCUGCUGCUCGUUCGCGCAGGUCUUCAUCCUGGGCAUGCCGUCCAGGAUCGCCUCGGUCUGGUUCGGUUCGGAGGAGGUGUCCACCGCCUGCUCCAUCGGAGUCUUCGGGAAUCAGCUGGGUGUUGCCAUCGGGUUCCUCUUACCUCCCAUUCUGGUGCCUAAUGUGGCCGACAUGGAUGAGCUGGCUCACCACAUCAGCACCAUGUUCUACAUUACAGCAGGAGUGGCGACAUUCCUCUUCAUCCUCGUUGUCUUCGUUUUCCAGGAUCGUCCCAAACUUCCCCCGACUCAGGCCCAGGCCACCGCUCGCAGCAUCCCCCCCGAGCAGUACUCGUACACCACCUCCAUCCUUAGGCUGCUGCGCAACAAACCCUUCAUCCUCCUCCUCAUCACUUAUGGUCUGAACGUGGGUUGUUUCUACGCUGUUGGAACCCUCCUGAACCGCAUGAUUCUGAAGCAUUUCCCUGGAGAAGAGGUGAAUGCUGGAAGGAUUGGGCUCACCAUUGUCAUUGCAGGCAUGGUCGGCUCACUCAUCUGCGGCAUCUGGCUCGAUAGAACCAAAACAUACAAGCAGACUACAUUCGCAGUGUACUUCAUGUCUCUGGUGGGGAUGAUUGUAUUCGCUGCCACGCUCAGCCUUGAACGCCUCUGGGUGGUCUUUAUCACCUCUGGAACUCUUGGGUUCUUCAUGACGGGCUACCUGCCGCUGGGCUUUGAAUUUGCAGUUGAGCUGACGUACCCAGAGUCGGAAGGAACUUCCUCAGGACUGCUGAACUGUUCAGCACAGGUGUUUGGCAUCAUAUUCACCAUCUGCCAAGGGAAAAUCAUUGACAGGUUUGACAGCACGUUGGCAGGAAACAUCUUCCUCUGUGUCUUUCUGCUAAUAGGAGCAAUAAUGACAGGUUUCAUAAAGUCCGAUCUACGGAGGCAAAACGCAAACCAGCAGGUCAAAGCAGCUGGUCCUAACGACAGCAGCUCUGAAAGCCUGGAUGCACCUUCCACCGUCAAAGAAGUUCGGUUUUAGACCUGCAAGAAUGUUUUUCCUCGUACCUGAAGUUCUGACAAUCGUGAAGCCUUAAGAUCAUUUUCCCCUUUU